AUUGGCGUGCAGUGGAAAGGGGACGGGAAAGGAUUGCGCACUCGCGCAUCGGCGCGUCAUCUGACUGCAUCAAUUCAAUUCUUAUCAUUGUUUAUGUUUUGCGUUGCACGCGGUUUUGUUGUAGUUUUGCAAGCUUGCAGUAUUUUUCUCUAAUUUCAGCCAUCAGCUAUCUAUUUAAAAUUUUCAGUUUAGUUUCAUUUUGUUUUAUGCGCGAGUGAUUGAGUAUCUAUUAUUGAGGUAGAAUUAAGAAUAUUAGAAGAUGGAUUACGAUUUCGGCAUUUGUAUGGACCUGGAAUUAGAGUCAACAGUAUCUUCUGAUAGCAGUUCUAGCUCUUUUUCAUCUUCGAACUCCAGCGUUUUUUACAAUGAUCUCGAUUGCUAUGUUAUUGUGGAGGAGUCGAGUCCAACAGCUAUCAGAAAGUUGAAUCUUUUCACUACAUACUCAAAUCCAAAUUGGUUCGUUAAAGCGCUAGUUAUAAAUAAAUCGAAUGUACGCUCGUACCAUAAUCACCGGCAAGGUAAAUAUUUUACCCUCGAGCUCAGCGAUGGUUCCGCCACUAUAAGGGCGGUAGCUUUUAACGGAGCUUGCGACAAGUUUUGCAAUGUCAUAGAGGUGAAUAAAACGUACUUGAUCAGCGGCUGCCAAAUACAGCAGGCUAAUAGGAUGUAUAACCAACUUCCUCAUAAAUACGAAUUAGUCCUACAAAGAUCUUCGCAAAUCGAACCUUAUCUUGAAAAUACUAGCGCCCAAGGUGAAAAAGGAACUGAAUUACCUUUAAUCAAGACUUGGACAUUGAUUGAUCUCGCCCGCGAACAGCUCAAGAAAAUUACAAAAAAAUUGUACCACGUUGAAGCAACUGUCCUUGACAUAGACAUACCCAUUGAUAAAGUCGUUUAUGAAGGAUGUCCGCGAUCAGAAUGUAAGAAAAAAGUUGUACGUCGUGAUAAUCUGGGAUUUUAUUGUGUAAAAUGCGAUGAAACGUAUCCAAAUUUUGAGUAUAGAUACAUGCUAAAGGUUUAUAUAGCAGAUUGGACUGGAAAGUUGAAGUUAACGUUAUUCGAGGUGGCGGAUGAGUUUUUGGGUAUAAGUGCUCCUGCCAUUGUGGAAUUGUGCCACACCAAUUAUGCCAAUUAUGAAAUUUUUUUGAAGAAACGACUUUAUGAUAGGCUUACCUUUGUAGUGGCAGCUGAAAUGAAGGAGUAUAAUGAUCAAGAUCAUGUUGAUGGUGUCUGUUGCAACUACUACCCGAUCGAUUAUCGGAAUUCGACCCGAGGACUAUUGCGAACUCAUGCGAAGACUGAAUGAAUCAAUGACUAACCUUUAUUUCUUUUAUCGUUAUGUAUGCAUUUAAAAUUUACUCAAGUUAUUUGUGAUAUACUUCCUUCUUUACCUAUCAUUAUUAAUAUUGUUCGUUGACUACUUUUUUUCUCUUAACGUCAACUUGUUUUUAAUUUUGUUGAUUUUAUUAUGAUUACUUUGUAAAAUUAAUAUCUAGUAGAUUAUUUUGUCGAUGGAAAUUUACGCGUUCAAUGGCAAAAAAUUGUCAGUGUUGAACAGGUAGCCUUGUUUGUGAUUAUUCAUUAUUUUGAAUUUCGAUCCAAAGCUUUUGCUCGUUCUUUGUUUUCGUUUACGUUUCAUUUAUAUGUUAUUCCUUUUUCAUUCGUUGAUUUUUAUACUGCAUAAUAAGAGUAAUCGUUAAGUUUGUGAUUAAGAAUUUCUAUUUGUUUAUUGAGUGAAAUUACUAUAACACGUUGAAGAUCGAA